GUCCGCAGAUCCUCAGGCGUCACUAGCUCUCGGAGAGGGAGGAGAAAGCAGCGAGUUCCGGAGCCCUCCCCACCCAGCUCAAACCUUUGCUUCAGUGAUCAUGGCUGCCGAGGAUGUGGUGGCGACGGGCGCUGACCCGAACGAGAUGGAGGGCGGGCUGCUGAACGAGAUUUUCAUGUCGCCGCUCAACCUGCUGCUGCUCGGUCUCUGCAUCUUCCUGCUUUACAAGAUCGUGCGCGGGGACCAGCCGGCGGCCAGCAGCGACAGCGACGACGACGAGCCGCCCCCGCUGCCCCGCCUUAAGCGGCGCGACUUCACCCCUGCCGAGCUGCGGCGCUUUGACGGCGUCCAGGACCCGCGCAUACUCAUGGCCAUCAACGGCAAGGUGUUCGAUGUGACCAAAGGUCGCAAGUUCUACGGGCCCGAGGGGCCGUAUGGAGUCUUUGCGGGAAGAGAUGCAUCCAGGGGCCUCGCCACAUUUUGCCUGGAUAAGGAAGCCCUGAAGGAUGAGUACGAUGACCUUUCUGACCUCACUCCUGCCCAGCAGGAGACCCUGAGUGACUGGGACUCUCAGUUCACUUUUAAGUAUCAUCACGUGGGCAAACUGCUGAAGGAGGGGGAGGAGCCCACCGUGUACUCAGAUGAGGACGAACCAAAAGAUGAGAGAGCUCGGAAAAAUGAUUAAAGCAUUCAGUGGAAGCAUAUCUAUUUUUGUAUUUUGCAGAAUCAUUUGUAACAUUCCAGUCUGUCUUUAAAACAUGGUGAUUUCAAUAUUUAGAAAAGUUUUGAACUUGCUGUAAAUUUUUUAAAUUAACAUCACUAGUGACCCUGAUAAAAUUAACUUCUGUCUUAGAAUGCAUGAUAUGUUUGUGUCACAAAUCCAGAAAAGUGAACUGCAGUGCCGUAAUACAAAUGUUAGUACUGUUUUUCUUCUAUCUGUAGUUAUUACAGGCUGAAUUUAAAUUUGUUUUUCUGAGAGACAGGUAAGACUUGGGUAUUUCCCCAAAACAGAUAAAAAUGUAAAAUGUGCAAAGUCCUUCAAGCACCAAGAACAACAGAUCAACUUUUAGUCAUGAUAUUCUCGAAAGACAGCAAAUUCCUUAUUUCUCAAUUGACUUAGCUGCGUGAUUUCUGUUUUAUCUACCUCUAAAGCAAAUCUGCAGUAUCCCAAAGGCUUUAGUAUUGAUUAAACAAAGGUGUCCAGUAACAAAAUGAAAUUUCAAAGCUGGGCUUAGUUGGAAGAAAUACAUUAAAUGUUUUGAGACAGCAUCAUUGUCCUUCAGACCCUCAGACACCCCCACUAACAUAGUAACCUGUAGUAAGGAUUAAAACCAGAUCUGAAUAUUCAAAAGAAAGCUUUGGGGAAAAAAUCAACUGGCUUGCCUAAAAACCUAAAUACAUGAAGACUGUAGGACUAUCUUCCCAAUCCCCAUAUUCAUGGUGGGGCAAUGGUUAUUUUACAUGAUCUGACAUGAGAGGGGCAUGUAGAACAGGUGUUUGCUCUCCUGAGAACCUUCACAGACACCCCUGAAGACAGGAAGCAGUACAUAUCACUAGCCAAGUGGUUUUUGAAGAAGUGAAGUAUAUUCAUAAGGUAGCAGUUGUCUUUUGUUGUCGCAAAACUAUAGUCACUGCAAGAGUAGUAGUCAAGUGUCUAGGUCUUUGAUAUUGGUCUUUUGGUUAACAAUAAACUUAGCUUAAGUAGACUGUACAGUUAUAUGAAUUUGUAAAAGUAUAUGAACAACUAGUGAGGUUUCAAACUCUUGUAGUUGAAUAAUAUUUUCAUUGUAUUUUCUUGUGAACCGUGUUUAAUGGUUUUACCUCAAAUCAGAAAACAAAAUGAAGUGCUUUGGUCAGUUAAUAAAAUGGUUUUACCCAGUGUA